AUGGAUAUUUGUUUGGGGCCGUACUCUUGGCAGGCACGAGUUGAGGCCGCACAGGCCGAACGGGAGGCACGCGCUUUGAUUUCGCGACUCUUCGCAUCCAUUGCAGAUCAUUGCAGCUUGCUGUGGCUAGGUCAAUUUGGGGUCACACUGUUUGCCAAUGGACGUUGUGCCCAGCGUCAAUCCACCACAUCUCAACUGGGCCUAGAAACUCUUCGACUCUUCACCCUCGUAGAAUCCCAAAGCCUCGAACAUCUUGACAAUCUGGCAGAAACUCCUGACGAGCUCCGCUCUGGGACUGGCAAGAGAGGUGAAGUGCCCGGGCCGAGACACUUUGGGUGCCAUAGGUAG